CUCGAUCACAGCACUCAACGUCGAGUCCAGGACACCGGCGGCGGGAUGGUAAACGCGCGACGGUUCGCGAACCAGGUGCACAAGCAGGCCGCGCGCCUCAUGCGCGGCGGCGGCAUGGACAAGGAGCCCAAGUGGUACCAGUCCGUGCUCGCCUUCCCCCCGCUCCCGCUGCCCGGCAAGAUGCCCGCGACGCGCAGCGAGUUCGACGCGAAGCCGCGCGACGUGGAGGCGUUCUACAGCAAUAGGAGCAAGCAGCAGCCGAAUACGACACCGCACCCGUUGACUAUAUACUACCUUGAAGACGACAUUCGCAGGCAGUUCUUCCGCGACCAUCCCUUCGAGACGUUCCGGCCGACGACGUUGGUGGAGGGCAAGCGUAUAGCGGCGCCGAACCCCGUGACGGGAAAAAUGUGGACACGGCUCCGCCAGCGGGGGCACAACCCGCGCGCAGAAGACGCCGUCCAAUUCGCCCUCAACCUCUACGUACACCACGAUCUCCCACUCUCAGAAGCCUACCGCCGCUCCGUCGCCCAAUUCCGCGCCCUCCGCGGUGAGAGACAGACAGCCGUGCAAGUUGCCGCCCUCGAGGCCCGCUCCCUCGGCGCCAUCUUCGGGCACUCCGAGAUCGAGCACGUCUUCGAAAAGAUGAAGAGGGGGCUCGCGGGCUGGCAGCGCGCCGCCGCAAUUGACGAGGGCGAAAUGGCUGCACGCAAGCGCUGGAAGGCCGUCGCGGACCGGUACGAGGGCACGGUCGAGUGGACGCGCGGAGAGAAGUACGUGCGGCUGUGGCGGGAUGGUGUACGGCCGACGUACUCCCCUGCGAUAUCACAACCUACGUCGGCACUGGGCAUCGCGCCACCCACGGCAGCGGACGCAGCGCAAGCAGCUUCGGCACCCACUGCAGACUACGUGUCGAUGCUGCCCCAGCGCGCAUAGGGAGACGGCUAGAUGUACCAUUUUACCCUUCUUUAAUCCAUCCUGGGAUCCUCUCCCGCGUCACAUCUCUCGCUUGAACCUUCGCAUCACCUUAUCCAGUCAGCGUCAAGAAAAGGGAAUAUGCACAAUAAAAUACAGUAUGUCGAGCCUACGCUGACGACGUCGCCUUCACCCGUGCCUGUGCCGCCUGCGCAGCAUUCAUUCCCAUCCACGUCUUCUCCACCAGCCCCAGCAACUUUUGCAUAUCCGAGCUCCAAUCGUUCAUCACCUCCUCCGCCGUCCUCUUCGCGCGGAAGUUCACGAUCCCCGCGGGUCGGUCCACGCGUGCCCACACAGUGCCGCCGACGACUAAUCUGCACAGCGUCUUCUCGGUUUCCUCGGGUGAGAGGUCGAGGAGGGAGGUGAGUCGCUCUAGCGUGAUGCGAGUGUAGUACAUGGCGACGACGCGGAUGUU